GGUGGCAGCAUUAUCCAAUCAACAUGUCUCUUAUGAAUCCGACAAGGGCUUGCCGAUGGCUGCUGCUUCCUUUGUUUAGUCUAAGUGCAAUAAAGGCUCAUACUUCAGAGCCGACAUAUUUCCAUAAAGAUGUAAAAAUAUGCAGUGCGAAAGAUCUUAAUUUGAAUAAGUGUUUCACCGACUCUGCUAACCAAAUGUUGAAACAUCUCGUUAAAGGUAUACGGAAGCUGAAUGCUGUACCUAUGGACCCACUUUGCAUUCCAAAUAUUUCACUCGGGAAGAAUAAUACACUUAUACCAACCUUGGCUUUCAAUUUAAACAACACUCUUCGCGAAGGUUGGAGAGACGCUGUUGUAAUACGUUCGGUGAUAAAUCCGAAAAGGCACGAAUUCAACAUCGUUAUUCGAAUUCCUCGAUACAACAUGCGCGGCACCUGUGACCUGUUUGGCAGCAUCAUUGGCAUUCCGGUGGAGGGCUCCGGGGAUGUCGACAUCACGUUUUUCAAUAUGACGAACGAUAUGAAGAUGCGAGGACAUUUGGAAGAACGGAACGCCCAAGAGUUCCUUGUCAUAGAUGACUUUCAACAGAGAACGGACAUAGUCAAGCUGAAGGUACAUCUGGAAAAUGUCUUCAAUAGCACUGAGAUCAGCAAUGCGACCAACAACCUAUUGAAUCAAAAUAACCUGGCCAUCCUGGACGUAGGCCGUAGCACCAUAAACGAGAUCUGGGGGGCAAUGCACUGGGGGCUCAUACAAAGGAUCUUCGACAAUGUGCCGUAUGCGGCCAUGUUCAGAGAUCUCGACUGAGCUGCAGUGAUGGAUUAAAAAGUCAAGAAAAUCACCUUUUUGAGAACGUACCUGAAACAUUUACCUCAGUCUUCUUCAUCAGAAGAAAUUGAUCUGGAGCAAAUAACCCGCGUAAAUUGAAAAUAUAAUCGCCGCAAACAUGAGUUCAAAGUACGCACGUUUCUACUAAAAUAAUCCAUUUACAAUGUAGAAACAGAAAAUUUCAACAUGUCAUGACUUUUAAAAUACUGUGUUUUAUUAUUUUAUACAAGUAGUUUCGUAGGUUUUUUAGUAGCCAGUUAAAUGAAAUUAGGAUGAAUGUUAAAUGGAAAUAGUUUGCUAAUGCAAAAUUCUUGUUUAUUUAUGUGUUUUAUUUAUUUAUUUAUUGAUCAAGAUAUAAUUUUUUAUCAAAUGUUUCGAAUUUCGUCGCCAUCUCCUCCAAAUAUAAUUCGCUAACGAAAGAUGACGGUUUGGAACAGUCUGUGAGAAACCAUCAUUGCAAGACCCGGUAAGUGUAUCACUACUGGCCAGAAAAUUAUCUCUCCUAUCUAUAGUCCUAGGGAGAAAAUAGGGAGCUGCAAGUAGGGGUACAUUUGGAAAAGUACAUGCGGGGUAACGUGAUGAGGUACCAGAGGGAAACAUGUACAUAUGUAGGAAAACACGUGAGCGGACAUCUUAAGAACAUGCAGAAAUAUAUGUAGAACGAGGCAAAAUGAAUGAAGGAACAUGCAGAGAAACAUACGAGGGCAGAUGAAUCCUACAUAUUGUGUCUUAAGAAGUGUGAGUAAACAAAAUGUGAUCCUUGUGAACCUUCUGUACCUUUUUUUAGAGAUGUAGUAUUUCUGAAAACUCCAAUUUCUUAGCAUCUAUGGGUUGGUCAGAAACAAGUGACUCGAAGUUUACAUAAAAUUAAAUUGAUGCACUAAUGGGUCAAUUUUCUAGUACUGUAACGCAAAGUUGAACGUACAGCAAUGCACAUUGUAUGUAGCAAUGCUUUAAUGUAUAGUUGAGGAGAUGGCUUGUCAAAGUUAGGAUCCAGUAUGAAGCUGUUUUAACGUUUGAAACUAUUUACGGAAGGCCCGAAAGUGCUAGUUAUUUUUUAUAUUACACCACUGUGGAGGGUCCAAUAGCGACCCAAAGUGGUGAUUACUAUUACAAUAUUUAUUGUUUUAUAAAUUUGAGUGUAUUUAUUAUUGUAACAACAAUUUAAAUGUGUAAUAAAUUCAAACUUUUAAUGGAUAUCAAUUGAAAUAU